CUAUUGUCCACUAGAUCACGUGAUGGUCCCAUGAGUCUCGGUCAGACCUCGUAAACAAAACUGGAAGCCGACCAAACCUCACGUUUCGUUUACAAUCUUUGGCCAACAAGCCUUCCUGUCGACCAAGGUUCAAGCUAGCUUGGAUGAAGAAAGGCUAUGGCUUGGUUGCCAAGAUCUGUGAGAAGAAGAGGAGGGUUGAAUGACAAGUUGCGUGUCAUAUGCUCCAGCUGUGUUAUUAUACCAUCAAGAAAAUAUGCAUCACCUCCUGGAACAGAAUAUGGACUUGAAAAGAAAUGGGCCUACUACAACCAGUCAGCAAUUGACAAUUUCUCUUCCAAAGCACUGACUAAAUUGACACCACAUCAGAUGCUUUAUGCAGGCAAGUCAAGCAAUGGGUCACACCUCAUUAAAAGUGCACAGUAUUUACAUAAAGAAUUACCCAAAAGAGUAGCUAGAAGAGUCAAAGAUCUCCAAAAUCUCCCAUAUGUAGUAGCCAUAAACCCAACUAUGCAGGAAGUGUAUGAACUAUACUUGCGGGCAUUUUAUAAGCUAUCCUCAUAUAAGCCCAUUGAAAAUUUGGAUGAAGAACUGCAAUAUAGUAACCUGGUUCAAAAGUUGUUAGAUGACCACAAAGAUGUUGUGACCUCAUUAGCAAAAGCAGUGAAUCAAGUCAAAUCACAAAUCCAGUAUGAGGAGAUGUCAAAGAUGGUGGAGAGGAUUUUAACAUCACGUCUUGGCAUUAGGAUACUAGCAGAGCAUCACAUUGGGCUUAGAAAUGAAAGGGAAAAUUAUAUUGGUAUUAUCUGCACGCACAUGUCUGUGAGAAACUUGAUAGAAAAAUGUGUAUUUUAUUGCAGGGAGAUGUGCCAACACAACUAUGGAAUUGCACCAUCUGUUGCAAUCAAUGGGCAUGUGAAAGCGACUUUUCCGUAUCUACCACCUCCACUAGAAUACAUGAUUCAAGAGCUGUUGAAAAAUGCCAUGAAAGCAACAGUUUUACAUCAUCGUGACAAAGUAAAGGCAUGGUAUGAGAUUCCACCAGUCAAAGUAACCAUUUGCAACAACGAUUCACAUUUCAUAUUAAAGUUUAGUGAUAGUGGCGGCGGUAUUCACGACAGCAAGAUGCAGCGCAUUUUUGACUAUGCUUUUACAACAACGAAAGAAGAAGAGGCCACUGAUGGUGACAAGGGGGGCCUUGAUAGCCUUGUGAAGGCAGCUCAUGUUGCUGCUGUUGGUGGCGCCAUGUCUGGGUAUGGCUUUGGACUUCCAACGACAAGGGCAUAUGCUAGUUUCCUUGGGGGAACACUUGAAGUCUACACUUUGUAUGGGUUGGGUACUGACGUUUAUCUAAAACUGGGUCACAUAAACGGGCCAAGAGAUUCGUUUAGGAUUUAGCAGAUUAUAAUUCUGAGUCUUAUAUUUUCGUUUUUGUAUAAUUUUAUUUAUUUAUAUCAUAUGUAUAAUACAAAUUUCAAACUUCGCGCUUAUUUCCAAAAGCCCACCCAACUGACACAUUUUUUCUGUGUUUUCAAUAUCAUUAGAUUUUAAUCGUAUGUGUAAUUUGAAUCUAACCUAGUGUAGCUGACACUGUUUUAUAGAUUAUUUAACUGUCAUUUUGCUAGGCCAAAGUAUUUAGAAACUUUUUAUUUUUCAGAUCGCAAAUAUGAACUGUUGAUACCACUGCUAGGCCGUUGUGAAUCUUGAGAUACAAGCUAGACAUGCACUAUCCUUCAGCAGUUUAUAAAAUUUCACCGACCCCUUAGGAACCCGUCUUUCAGGGUAUUUUACCCCCAGCAGCUGGCCCCUCCCCCCCCACCUUGAAGCCCCAUCACCUUCUGCCAGUUUGCUCCAUUUUGCCAUUUCAAUCUUUGCAUCAAGCCUGUCAGCAGAGGGCAGCAAAUGCGAGUGAAACUUGACUUUUCCAUUUGAUGUUUUGCCUUUACUUCUCCAUAUCAAAUAAUGACAAAUUAAAUUGUGAUCUUGAGAUCGCGUUAGUAGACAUCAUCUGUACAUUCAUACGCCUGUUUGAUUUGACACACCAGAUAGAUUAAAAUAAUUUUAACAUAAUAAUAGGGAAUGAGUCGUGAUAAAAGCGAGGAUAUGUAUACCCUGGUUCGCCAUGUCGUGAUUUACCUACUGCUGGCUGGCUUGACACUUGAAAAAGUUUCCGACUAUAGCAAGUUGAAAACAACUGCUGCCAAACUAAAGUGGUAAUGCUGAAAGCAGAUGACAGUGAAAGAUUAUUUUAUCACGACCCAUUGCCUAUGAUUAUCUGUGCCUAUAAAAACAUUAUAUAUCUUCUUAAAGUUUUCUUGGCUAUCAAGGAUCUAAGUUUUGACCCUAUGGCUGCAUUAUGCGUGUCUUUGCUUCUUUCCUUAAUCCACACGCCAGUAGGAGCUGGAAAGAAGUGAUGGUAUGAAUACCAGCAAAAUUCAUGAUUUCAACUCAAUAAAACCAAAAGUAUCAAAAUCCGUGUGAAGUUACAAUAGCAAAA